CCAGGCAUCAUCAACAGAGGGGAUUCGUUUAGGCGUCGGCGAUCGAGGAGCAACAGUAUCCAGCCUCCCCACGACCUGCUCCCCCCCGCCGCCGCCACGCCCCCCGCCGCCGCCCCCCCCGCGGAGCUCGUCUCGCCCCCCCUCACGCCCGACCACAUCCUCAGCUCCACGACGCCACAGCUGGCCACGCCGGAGUCAGGGGAGGAGGGUGAGCUGGUGUCCAGCUUCCGAAUGGCCAUGCUCGGGGCGGCGGGCGUGGGGAAGACUGCGCUUAUUCAUCAGUUCAGGACCUCGGAGUGCAUCAACGCCUACGACUGCAAUCCUAGCGACGAAUCCGAACAGUCCAUCUCCAUCCUCCUCAACAACCAGGAGUCAGAGAUCGUGUUCGUCAACGUCCCAUGGCCAGAGCUUCAGCUCAUUCCACGUCACCAGGCUGAGCUGAACCGCCCGUCGCUGCCCGAAGGUUGGCUGCUCAUGUACAGCAUCACGGACAAGGCCUCGUUCCAGCGGUGCAGCGAGGAUAUGUCUCGCCUGCACAGUCACGGCGCGCUUCGGGGCCGGGCCGUCAUCCUCGUGGCCAACAAGUGCGAGCUGGUGAGGUCCCGCGCUGUCUCCGUCGAUGACGGGCGUGACCUGGCCUGUAGUUACGGUGCUAAGUUCAUGGAGAUCAGCGUCGGCAUCAACCACAAGUGUGACGACCUCCUGGUGGGCAUCUUGAACCAACUGAGGCUUCGCGGGGAGGCGGAGGCGGGCGACGAGGAGGAGCCGGCGAAGGAGAGGAGCUGGACCAGGAACCGCAGCCUCAUGAGAGCGUCGAUGAAGGCCAAACGCGUCAUCAACAGGAUUAUGGGCAAGACGGAAGCCAAAUACAAGAGUUGCGAGGACUUCCAGAGCUAGUGAUUGACCCACCCCCCUGCCCCCUCCACCCCCCACCCCCCUGCCUUAUGUACCUUCGUGAUGAGGCCCAGCACUGCCCUGCCCCGCCUGCCGCUGGCCUCUUGUGUGUGCCUGUGUGCGUGUGUCAAUGUGUGUGUAUGUGUACCUAUAUGCGCGUGUGUGUGGGUAGGUCAUUGUGUGUGCGUGUGCGUGUGUGUGUACAUCCUAUGGACCAGAGAAUCAUGUCACGCACACAGACUUGCUUGGAGUGUGUACAUAGAAUAUGCACACACGCACGUACACACACCACCACCACCACCACCACCGCCCUCAAGAAUUAUUAAAACUGAAGUAAAAAUCUAAUACCUCAGCUUGUCAAUGUAGUGGCUGUAGUGUUGUUUGUAUGUGUGUGUGUGUGUGUGUGUGUGUGUGUGUGUGUGUGUGUGUGUGUGUUUCCUCGGAGUUUUACGUUUUAGUCAUUGUGGAAAGCUUUAAAAAUCUCUCUAUAAUAAGUAUACUGUGUCAAGUUCUGUUAGUAAUAUGUUAUGAUUUUAAACUAAGAAUAGGAAGAAGUAGAGAAGAAAAUACUAGUGGUGUUUUCUGAGGUUUUCUGAUGAUGAUGAUGAUGAUGAUGAUGAUGAUGAUGAUGAUGUAUAGGGCGUUGCUGUCUCCUCUAAGCUAUUUCUGUAUAUACUUUUUUCCAACCCAUUUCCUCUCCCUCGUUUUCCUUAGGCCAUAUCUUUUUCCCCAUUUUCCUUUCCCAAUUCCUCUCCAUCAUUUUCCUUAGCCCAUAUCUUUUUCCCAAUUUUCCUUCCCAUUUCCUUUAUCAAUUUUCCUUCCCCAUUUUCCUUCCCCAUUUUCCAGUCCCAUUUCCUCUCCCUCAUUUUCCUUAACUGAUAUCCUUUUCCCAUUUUCCUUCCCCAUUUCCCUUCCCAAUUUUCCUUAGUUCAUAUCCUUUUCCCAAUUUUCCUUCCCCAUUUGCUUUAUCAGUUUUUCCUUUCCCUAUUUUCCUUUCCCAUUUCCCUUAGCCCAUAGCUUUUUCCCAUUUCCCUUCCCAAUUUUCCCUAACCCAUAUCUUUUUCCCAUUUUCCUUCCCCAUUUCCUUUAUCAAUUUUCCUUCCCCAUUUCCCUUUCCCAUUUCCCUUCCCCAUUUCCCUUCCCUUUUUCCUUAUCCCAUUUCCCCUUCUCAUUAAUGCUGGAUAGAUGGAAAUGGGCGGACAGUAUUACAUGGAGGAUAUUUGUAUGUACGUGUGUGUGUGUGUGUGUGUGUGUGUCGCUUGGAUCAUAUUCCAAAAAAAAAGAGCAAUAAGUAUUUUAAUCGUUCAGUAUUGUGUGUGUGUGUGUGUGUGUGUGUGAGUGACCCUGAGAGAGAGAGAGAGAGAGAGAGAGAGAGAGAGAGAGAGAGCAAUCGCUUCAGUAGUAUAACCAUUAACUAACACAAAACUAACAGAAAUGGCAUUCAUAUACAGCCACAAAUAUACCAAUGUCGUGUGUGUGUGUGUGUGUGUGUGUGUGUGUGUGUGUGUGUGUGUGUGUGUGUGUUUUGUAUGUCGUGAACGGUAGACAAUAUUUAUACCGGAGGAUUCACAGGGAAAAAAAAAACAUCAUAGAACUUACCAAUAUGUAUCUAUGUUUGCGUGUCAUUAAUCGGGAGAAGAAUUUUUAUAUGAGAAGCAGUAGAUCACUUUUUUGGGGGUGAUUUAUAAUGUGACAGUGACUCAAGUUUGCCCUAGCUGUUGUGUGUCAUGCCUAAGUAACCUUGAUUUCCAUUGGCGUGAGUUGUGAAUGGCUCGUUUGAAAGUCACUUGUAAGAGUCAGUCAGUCAGUAACCUUCAUUUUCCUUGGCGUCUUUCGUGAAUAGCUCGUUUGAAAGUGAGUCACGUUCAGGAGUCAGUCAGUCAGUCAGUAACCUUCAUUUUCCUUGGCAUGUUUCGUGAAUAGCUCGUUUGAAAAUGAGUCACGUUCAAGAGUCACUCAGUCAGUAACCUUCAUUUUCCUUGGCAUGUUUCGUGGAUAACUCGUUUGAAAAUGAGUCACGUUCAAGAGUUAGUCAGUUAGUAACCCUCAUUUUCCUUGGCUUGUUUCGUGAAUAGCUCGUUUGAAAGUGAGUCACGUUCAGGAGUCAGUCAGUCAAUCAGUAUAUAUUUCCACUCAUGUUUCUAGACUCAAGGUGCAUUGCAGAGUAACAGUUUGACGUGACUGCAGUGCUACGUGACAAGGGAUUGGAUUCUUUGUAAUAUUAUGAACCCACACUAAAGCUCUCUCAUGUGUGCCUUGGGAUUAGAACCUUUUACGAGUUCCAGAUAUCAGUUUUACGAUGUGACUUGUGAUCAAAAUCUCUUAUGAACACAAAAAUCAGCUCUAUAUCACUUGGGAUUAGAACCCUUGUAUUAUUAUGAACCCAGACAUCGCCUUUAUUAUUUAACUUUGAUUCAGAAACUUUAUAUGAACUCACACCAGCUUUUAUAUUACUUGGGAUUAGAACCUUUGUAAUAUUAUGAACCCAGACAUCACCCUAAUUAUUUGACUUGGGAUUGGAACCUUUAUUUACGAUCUGAUCCUAUAUAUGAACUCAAACAUGAUCUUUAUUAUUUGACUUGGGAUUAGAACCUUUAUUUACGAUCUGAUCCUAUAUAUGAACUCAAACAUGAUCUUUAUUAUUUGACUUGGGAUUAGAACCUUUAUUUACGAUCUGAUCCUAUAUAUGAACUCAAAACAUUAGCUCUAUAUGUGUGACUCGGGAUUAGAACCUUUAUUAAUUGACUUGGGAUGAGAAUUUUAUGAUCCCACAUGUCAGCUAUUGUCAUGUGAUGUGGGAUUGGAACCUUUAUUAUCCAACACAUCAGCUGCAUGGCAUAACUUGGAAUCAGAACCCUUUAUGGUCCCAAACCUCAACUUUACUUCUAUGUGACUUGGAAUUAGAACCUUUUUAUAAACCCCCAAAAUUAGCUCUAUACGUGACUUGACUCUAUACUUGAGAUCAGAUCCUCUAUAUGAAUCCACACACAUUAGCUUUGCCAAGUGUGUGAUGUGGGAUUGGAACCCUUUUGAUCCCAUGCAGUUCUGUUACGUGACAUGGAAUUAGAACUUUUUAUAAACCCAUAUAUGAUCUUCUAUGACGUGUCUUGGAAUCUAAACCUUUAUAUGAACCCAAAUAUUACCUCUUAUUUUGUUACAUGGGAUCUGAAACCUUUAUCCCCUGUGACAGUGGAAUUAGAACCUUUACAAUAACUCAGAUAUCACCUCUUAUUACAUGGGAUUACGUGGGAUUAGAACCUUUUAUAAACCUACAUAACUUGGGAUUUGAACCUUUAUCCCACGUGACUUAGGAUUGGAACCUUUAUAACCCACAUGUCUAUAGGAUCAGACUCCCUUAUGACCCCACGCAUCAGCUCAACAUAUCACUGUAAAAAGGAAGCAUCAUCACACGAGCAUAUCAGACCAGAGACAUGUUAAGAAUAAGGUCAGAAAGUCAUAUCACAGAACCGAGCAGGGCAUGAUGACAAUACUUUUUUGACCUGGUGUACAGAAGACGGUGGCAGAUCAUCACAUAUCAAAAAAAAAAUGUUCAAAAAUUGUCACCACCAUCUUUGCAUUGACAGUGAAGAGAGAGAACAUGACCGGUCACCAUCACUCACUCACUUUCACCCAUGCAUAUCACCAUCACCUUGUAAAGAGUAACAAUUUAUAUGCUUAGUAAGUUUUAAGAUCAAGAUACCUUUUACAACCUUGCUGAAACCUUAAUGAUAUUUAUACCCACACUAAUGAUAGCAAAACCGAUUGUCUACCUUUUUACAUGCAUAUAUACAUACAUAACAUACAUACAAGCCUGAUUUCGGUGUAUGUAACAACUAUUAAUAUACCUUUAUGUAUCUAAUGCACCCUUGAAACAUGAAUUAACGAGCUAAACAAGGUAAUUAGUGUACAUAGGUAGUUAUCUAUAGAAGUGUAAAUGACAACACCGCAUACUAAUAAGAAUCUACAUGCUUGCUGUUGAUGGUGAUGAUGACGAUGAUGAUAAUGAUGUAUAUAUACCAAAACACAAACCAGGGCUUCCCAUAAACAUAUUCAUUGUCCUUGAUGAUGAUGAUGAUGACUGUACGAUGUUGUUUGGUGGCGGAGUGAUUUGGAGUGUCGACGGAUAAGUGGACGUACCAGCGUUCGACUCCCAUCCACCACCACCACCACCACAGCAUCGCAUAUAACGUUAGCUGUAGUGUUUUGUACCGCCCGUCGCUCACCCCUGACCUUUCUUUCAUCUGUGGCCAAAAAACGUUGCUUCGAUGUACGUUUUCCGUGUUAUUGUGUCGCUGUGAAUGUGUUAUCGUCAUCGUAUAACCCGGUACUCUCUCUCCCCUUCCCCUCCUCCCUCUCCCUCCCUCCUCCCGCACCAAAUGUAUAGAGUUGAAGGGAUCCUCUCAACCUUGUCUUAAAGGGUUGGUCGAUCCCCUUAUGAGCCCGAUUAACAUAGCAUCCAGUCGCUCUUAAUAUUUGGUGCGUGAUGCAGGAGAUGAUCAUUGGUAGUUUAGGACUGGCAAACAAAUUCACCUCUUCUUUGGCUUAUAUUUCUUCUUCUUCUUCUGCUUCUUCUUCUUCCUCCUGGUUACAAUUUUCCUCCUUCCUUCCUGCGUUUCUAUAUUUCCUUCUUCUUCUUCCUUUUCUUCUUCUUUUUCUUCUUCUUGUGCUUCUUUUUUUUGUCUUAUUUCCUCCUGUUUACUACUUUCCUCCUUCCUUAAUUCCUCCUUCCUUUCUGUGUUUCCAUAUUUCCUUCUUCUUCCUCUUCUUCUUCUUCUUCUUCUUUUUCUUCUUCUUCAUCUUGUUCCAUUUUCUCCUCUUUACAAUUAUCUUCCUUUCUUAAUUCUUCUUUGUGUUUCUAUGUUUACUUCUUCUUCUUCUUCUUCUUCUUCUUCUUCUUCUUCUUCUUCAUCUUGUUCCAUUUUCUCCUCUUUGCAGUCUUCUUCCUUCCUUAAUUCCUCUUUGUGUUUCUGUGUUUGCCUCUUCUUCAUCUUCUUUUUCUUCUUCUUCUUUUCUAUAUCAACCACUCAGUCUGAUUUUCAUGACUAACCAUAUUCUCUUCUGUAUCACACUAUUACCUCAUCUAACUACUUUAUCUAUACUAUGUCUCUAUCUAUAGCAACCACACAACCACUCAAUCAAUCUUGCCGUAACUACCAUCAACUCGUCCAGUCUUCUCCUAUCUCCUCUUAUUUUCACCCUUUAUAUGCGCGUAAGUGAAUGCCUUAUGGAGUUUCCCCUAAGAGAAAUCAAGAGGAAUAACACAGACCUUGGUAGCUAACUCGUCCUCUCUCUCUCUCUUACUUGUUUUCUCAUAUCAGUUUGAGUCUAAGGCUGAAGUGACUCAUACCUUCGACUUGGCUAACUUCUGCUUCCUCACUCACUUCAUCUCCGUUUCUCUCCGCCUUAUUGUGUACCAGAGGACGGAUAGAGAGGAGAGGUUAGUGGGGCAGUGAUUCUCCUUCUCUCUUAGCUACAGUGUGUACGCGUGUGUGUGUGUGUGUGUGUGGUGGUGAAGUGUAAACUCUUGUACAUACGAUAUUAUUAGACUCUAUAUCACCCGAAUGCUGUACUGAAUACCGUCUUCUACUAUUACUACCACUGCUACUACUACUACUACUUUUUUCCUCUCCAUAUCGACCUUGUAUAGCGUAAGCAUAAGCAUUGCCCCCUAAUGUACGAUGUAUCUUUAAGGUGUGGUUAUCAUAGGCCCGGAACACACGAAGAAAAAUGUUAAUACUAUACAUUUUUUAUACGGAACUUGCCCUUUCUCGCGUGCGUAAAACAUGCGUCACUGAAGGAAGCUGUCGUCUCGCUCCUCUGCAGUGUUACCAAUAUACGCGAGAGGGAUGCAAGUUCGGUUCAUUUCCUACGUCGAGAACACACAUGCAACAGAAAACGGGAAUGAUGAUAAUAAACAAACAGCCUUUUCCCCUGUUAGAUGCGCGGCUGUAGAGAUUCGUGUAGGUUUCGUAGAGUUCCCCCUUCGGACAAUAUUACCUGUACGAAUACACACACACACACCUGCCCUGGCUAACACGUGCCCCCAAGGGAGUCUCCACAGGUGUUUUGCUAUCUCCUCUCAGUGCCAGGUGACCCACACGUUAAUAAGUCACUUGGAUUUUUUUUACAGCAAGGGAGGCAGCUCAAGGGUAGAAAAAACAUAAACAGGAGUAAAACGGCCCACUAGACGCUGCACCAAAUAUAGAAAACAGAACGAAAGGCCAAAAAAGUGGUUAGUUUCGGGUGGAGAGAUGUCUGAAUACUCUCCUCCUGGUCCGGUCUGACAUUGUACUUUGCGAGGUUGUAGAUUACGUGAAGUACAAGAUUGGACUGUUGUUACCGAACCCACAAGAGGAAAACAAAUGCAAGUGACACACAAUGCGAUGAGUCUUCAAGAAAUUGUUGACUUGCAAAAGGAAAAACACGAUGAAAGUCGCUUAGAUAUGGUUGACUUACGAGAACAAGAGGAAAAAACUAUUAAAGGCGACUUGCAAAUGGAAAAUCACGAUAAAAGUCACUUAGAAAUGGUUGACUUACGAGAACAAGAGGAAAAAAAAUAUUAAAGGCGACCUGCAAAUGGAAAAACGCGAUGAAAGUACUUAGAUAUGGUUGACUUACGAGAACAAGAGGAAAAAAAUAUUAAAGGCGACUUGCAAAUGGAAAAACGCGAUGAAAAUACUUAGAUAUGGCUGACUCACGAGAACAAGAGGAAAAAUAAUUAAGAGGUGAUACACGCUGUAGUAGUUUGAAAAUUGCUUCACCUGCGAACGGGACACGAGAGCAGGUGACACAAGCUACAAGAAAUAUCCUGGAAUUUUUUUAAAGAAGAGGAAAACACAAACAGGUGACACGUACUCCUUAUAAACCUCACUUGAAAAUGCUUAACUGACGAAAGAAUAAAGAAGAAACCAGGUGAAACAUUAUACCUACCUGGAAACCGUUUAAUUACGAAAGGAAAAAAUAUCACAGGUGACAUUCAGAUCAUUAAAGAGUUGCCUGUUAAUUAUCACAAGGAAACAAAGAUUACAGGUAACACGCAAUUAGUUACCUGUUAGUAAUUGAAAGAUAAAAUAAUUACAGGUGAACACAAUUAAAAAGUCAACUGUUAAUCAUUGAAAGAGGAAAACAGUAAUUACAGGUGAACAAUGAAAAAGUCACCUGUUAAUCAUUGAAAGAGGAAAACAGUAAUUACAGGUAAACACAAUGAAAAAAGCCACCUGUUAAUUAAUGAGAGAAAAACAAUACAGGUAACAAUUUAAGUGACCUCCUAAUUACCAAACAAGAAGAAAACGAGGAAAACAAUUACUACAGGUGAGACAAGCUUAUACGUCACCUGUUAAAUACCGAACGAGAUGAAAACAAAUGCCUCACGCUACUGGACAGACAGGCAAAUGGACAGUCAGUCAAAUCGGUCAGUCAGUAAGUCAGUCAGGUGUGUCUAGUCAUUGUACAGUCAGCGUUAGUAGCUUUGUAAAGAGAGCUUAUGUUAGUUUAAUGUUGCUUUUAACCUUACUUUCCUUUCCCUCCUCCCUUCCCUUCAUUUCUUCCUCCCAUUCCCUCUCUACCCCUCUCUCCCUUCCCUUUCCCCUCCCUCUCCCUCAUCCUCCCUUUCCUCUCCCUCUCUUCCCUUCAUCUCCUUACCACUUCUUUACUCUCUCCGUUUCCCCCUUCCUCCCUACCUCCGUCUCUAGUCCCCCCCCUUCUUCUCCUCCCUCCUUCCCUCUCCCUUCAUUCUCAUUCCCUUCCAAUUCCUCCACCCAGCCUCCAUCCAGCCUCCUCCGACGGUCACCAGAUGCCUGCCUAAUGGUCUUUAAAUAUUUACGAAGCUUCGGGUCGUAUUUGAAGCUUCAGUCGCGAGGUCUCAGUGCUUCGGUGGCCUUGAGUCGAACUGAGAAACAGGGUAUUAGACUUUUAUAUCACCGAAGAAAUCUUUAAUCUAUCAAAAGAGUAAAAAAAUCAAUUGGAACGUUCUUGGAUUUCUGUAAUAGUGUUUUGGCGUGAGAUUGUGAGUUGCCAAUUGUCAAGGAUGAGGAUAUCGACGAUGACGCGUGUCUGUCUUGAUACAGUGGACUCUCGAUGGAGGGGUGGGAGGGGGGAGGGUGUGGGGGGGGUCAGAAGGGGCAGGCACAGGUGACGUCAAUAAGGCAGGUGACGGAGAGCUCUUUCACACCUGGCGUACGUAGAUAGGUAGGUAUUUUAAUGUCGUUUAUGUUGCUUCAAGGUAUUAAAAGAUGCGACUAACGAGGCCCCACCAGCGUUACGUGUUAUAUAUUUAGGUUGAGGACGUGUUGGGUUGAGCUUCGUGGUAGUCGUGUUUUGUGCUUGACGAGUUACUGGCUGGCUGGUGGAGGGAAGGAAGGUGUUGACGGGUUUGUGAAAUGGAGAGUAAGUUAUCAAAUGUCGAGUGGAUUAUGAAAUGUCGUCUGAGUAAUGAAAUGUCGGCUGAACUGUGAAAUGUCGACUGGUUUAUCAAAUGUCGAGUGGUUUAUUAAAUGACUGGUUUGUGAAAUGCCGACUGACUUAUCAAAUGUUGAAUGGUUCAUCAAAUGUCGGCUGGGUUAUCAAAUGUCGACUGGGUUAUUAAAUGUCUGGCUUGUGAAAUGUCGACUAACUUAUCAAAUGUCGGCUGGGUUAUCAAAUGUCGGCUGGGUUAUCAAAUGUCGAAUGGCUUAUUAAAUGUCUGGUUUGUGAAAUGUCGACUAACUUAUCAAAUAUCGACUGGUUUAUCAAAUGUCGAAUGGGUCAUCAAAUGUCCAAAUUCUUAAACGUAUUGACACCCCAGUUCGUCUAUUUGAAAGGCCCCUCGUAGAAGUUGCCGGGGUUUUCAUUGGGCUGUUUCGUGAUGCUGGAGUGACAGUUUUGACUCGCCCUCUGCAUCAUGAACCGGGAAAUCGUCCAUGAAUACCCGGUUAAUCUUCUCUGUGGCCUCGGAAAACAGUCAUAAUUGGAGACCGAUGCGUUGAAGGAUAUGGAGCUAAAUGUCAAGUGUUAUGAAAUGUCAAAUCGCUUGAUAAUUCUUCUGCCAUUUACUGAUGUGUCCAGGACGUUAGCGAUGAGGCCAAGACAGACAAACACCGACUUCGCUAUAUACAUACACCAAACCCUUGUAAAGAUCCCAUAUAUAAAAAAAAAUCGAACGUGUAAAUAGUGUAAAUGUAUACAUAUUAUAAACGAAUAUACAUAAUACUAAAAGCUGAUUACUAAUAAUGUGAUAUAUAGGUAGAUGUUGGUCAGCUGGUGCCAUUUUGCUGUACUUACGAAAUACUGAAGGAAAUUGACUAUAGAUGACGUGAAGGUAUAGAUGUCAGACUCUUGAGUGGUCGAGGUGGGUUUGAAUUGCUUCUCGUCUAUUGCAAAGGAUCAUAAGGAGACUCCCGAUGUUAGGGGAGAGGCGGCGUGUGGAUAGUGAUGAUGAUGAUGAUGAUGAUGAUGAUGAUGAUGACGGGGUGGUGAUGGAGGUGUGGAUGGGGCAGGGAGGCAAAAAGAAAAGAGAAAGAGAAAAGGAAAAUAAAACAAUCAUAUUCUAUUCCCCUAAACCGUUUACAAAAAGAAGUAAAAAGGAAAAUAAAAUAAAUAAAUGAAAGAGAAAAAAAGGAAACCAAAACAAUCAUCUUCAGUCCCCCCGAACAGUUUGCAAAAAAGAAAAAAAGAAUGGAAAAUGAAAAAAAUAAAAUGAAAAAGAAAGGAAGAAAAAUAAAAAAGAAAGAAAAAUUAAACUCAUCUAUUCCCAAAAAAACAGUUACCCCCAAAAAAUACAUAAAAUCACCCUUUUUUUAAGAUUUCUGUCACACAAUAUAUAGACGUAAUAAAAUUAAUACACACACAAAAAAAAAAUGCCCAUAAAUGACGUCUAUACUAUACAAAAAAUGAAAAUAAUGCUAAAAAUGUCCCUUGAAUAUUAGGCUACGAAUUCUUAAAAAAUAGAGAUGAUAAUAAUAAUAAUAAUAAUAAUAAUAAUAAUAAUAAUAAUAAUAAUAAUAAUAAUAAUAAUAAUAAUAAUAAAAAUAAUGUGAUGAUCUAAGGGGAUACUAAGCUAUUUUUUCUUGUUCAUUAAUACCGUUCGAUUCAGCCUCCCUCUCCCUCUCCCCUCCCCCUCCUCCCCCUCAUCUCCAUAUCCCUUAAGAUAAUAACAAUAAUAAUAAUAAAAAAACCGUAAUAUAAAUAUCUCUAGGUUUUAAGAAGAAAAAAAAGUCAUACGAGCUUUUUUUUGAGUUUAGCCCAAGAUGUGCCUCUACUGUUAAUGUAAACUACUAUUAUUAAUCUCUUUGGGUUUACAUCCUUAUUAUCAUUUAUUUAUUUUUGUAGCCUGUUUUUUUUUUCCUCUUGGUAUAUAGUCAAUGUUUUUCCUCCUCUUCCUCUUCCUCCUUCCUCUUCUUCCUCUCGUUUUUGUGUGGUCGUGUGUGGAGGUCGACUGACAUUCAAAUAUUCGUAUCUUUAUUUAUUUCACUCGUUUUUCUUUUUCUUUUUUCUCCUUUCUUUCCAUUCGUAUAACUCAAGAAAUGUCACAGGAAACGACUCUCUCUCUCUCUCUCUCUCUCUCUCUCUAUCUCUAUCUAUCUAUCUAUAUAUCUAUCUAUCUAUUUAUCUAUCUAUAUAUCUAUCUAUCGACCUCCACACAGACACACACAAACACACGAAUUAACACGAUCGAGGAAGGCCAUGGAACAAAAAAAAAAAAAAGAACACACCAAUGGAUUUUUUCACCUUUUCAUGUUUGAUAAGGAUACAUAUACAUGUUUCCACUGUGAUCUUUGUAUGAUCAAUAAAGCGUUUGUUAUAGUUAAA